AUGCCACGCUCUGAAGAAGCUGAAUGGUGGGCGAAUGCCGUCUACGCCGCUAUCCAAGAAAUCCCCCACGGCAAAGUCACUUCGUACGGACAUAUCGCCCUCCUCCUCGGCGAACCCCAACGACCUCGUCAAGUUGGAGUCUGUCUCAAGUCUCUACCUAACGCCGAGACAGGCGCCCACUUCAAUUCGAGUAAUGUUCCCUGGCAGCGAGUCAUUAAUUCCAAGGGCAUGAUAUCGCAUCGAGGCCCCGGCAGUGCCGAGCGCCAAGCAGAAGCUCUGGGCCAGGAAGGCGUCGAGGUAACCAGGGAUAGUAUGGGCGAGAUAUACGUUGAUUUCUCCCGGUACGGCUGGUUUCCAGCUAGGUUACCCAGUGAGGAGCAAGAAGACGACGACGAAGAGGAUGGCGAGCAGUUAUUCGUGCGGGAGUCAUAG